GGAUACAAGUGCCAAGUACGGCAUCACUGAGCUGCUGCCAUCUUCGAACCUCAUCGAUCGUCCGCAGAAGGAGAAUAACGAUCUAAAGAAAGCGGGGGAUGACUUGAAGACUCGAUUGGAAAACGAUAUGGCGACACUCAAAUGGGAGAUCUGGGAUCUCAAGGAUCACCACGAAUAAGUGGGGAGAAGUAACCUCACGAAGCAAAUUGACGAGCUGCGGUUAAAGAUGGAGCUGCUCCGCAAACGGAACGAGGAAACGAAGGAGGUCGCUCAACUGUGGAGGAGCGAGGCCCUACGGCCUGGGAACAAACGGGGAAGCGUCAAUAUGUCGAUGCCAGCGAGCGAGGGUCGCACGGCGACUCGCUCUCGAUUAGGGGUUGGUCCUGAUGAAGAAGCACGACGCCUUCGUGUAGAGGUGCAAGACCUGCAUGAACGUCGUCGCUGUGAUCAGACUGAAGUAGAUAUGCUCAAGGAAAGGUGUGCCAAAGCUGAGGCACAAUGCAUGGAGGCGGAGGCGGAGCUCGUGAGACUACGGGAGCAGAUGGGGAGGCUGUCCACUGAUGGUACAGGUGUGGGUACUCCAGAGGUCGUAGGGACGAAUCUCAAAGAGAAGAUGGAUGAACCUGCAAAAACUGGCUUCCGUACGGGCAGACGGGGACGUGUGAAGAUGACUCCAGGGAGAAUACCGAGGGAGGACAGUGCCAGAAAGGCUAAUGACAGGCAUGCUUUUGUGCAAGACGAGAAGAAGCGGCUCAAGGCACUUAAGAAGGGAGGCUCAAAGCCUCUCUGCAAGGAAGCUGGGAUCAGGUAUAAAACGGUGGAUGUUACUGUUGAUGAACUGGCCAAACUCAAUGCUGAGAAAAGGUUCGAAGGGAGCAGUAACUCUGAUGGCAAGACGGAUCCGGACCAUGAUCACGGCCCUGUUACCUACCUGGAACAGGUGGCAGCCUUACAGCGCCCUCUCGAUCAGGGAGCAGGACCAUCGAUGCCCAAGGCGGCUGCACAGGCACCCGCCCCGACGGAGAAGACAGAAGAAUCGAAUGCGGUGCUGGACCUUACACGUAUGUUGGUUAGCCUCAUGCAAGAAAGCAAAAAGGAACAGCGCGAGCACAAUGCCCACAUGGAGUCGCUGAUGCGUUUCAUGCGUCCCAUUAACGUUCGCGCUGACCCUUUUGUCACCCAAGCGCCUGCUCCCGUAGUCGCGGGAGCUGGCGGAGGACCGGCCCAGAGGACUGACACGUGUUAUGCCUGCCAUCAACCCAGACACAUGGCCCGAGAUUGCCCCCAGCGACAAGUAAGAAUAGGGGCAGCCCCGGCAGCUGCAGCUCCCUUAGCUAACGGGCGUGGACGGGUAGGAACCAUGGUAGAAAAAACGGACGUGGCAAUACCAAACAUAGGGGUAAUCGAGGAAGCCGUAGAGCUCAUCCCACUGGAUCAAUUCCUCUCCUUGGGAUAUCCGGGGCUUGGGAUGAUAGGGGCAAUUCGGCCCGCGGACGAUGAGCACGAGAUUUCCGAAUGGCGACCAUCCCCGGGGGAGAUGGAAUUCGGCAGUCCUGAGUUCGUCAUCGGAACGAUCGAUGUUUUGGACAUUGUCCGAGCUCUAAACCACAGCAUUCCGCUUCCGAUCGGCCACCUGUUGUCCAUAUCAGAACAUGCCAAUGAUCGCAUGCUCCAGCAUUGCAAGGCCAAUCGAAAACGAUUCGCACUCGCCAAGCUGGCAACGGCCAAGGGGAAGGCCCCCGUAAGGGAGACAAAACCAGAUACACCUGGACCCUCAGAGCCUGUGCGCCUGGGACUUCUCCAAAAAAACGACCAUUUUCUGGCAUUUCUACGCAUCAAAGCUAUCCCGUGGAAGUCUGCGGAGUGCGACGUAGAGAUCUGGGGAGUCCCAUACAGUGCGAUCCUUGAUUCCGAGACAGCAGUGUUGGCAAUAUCCCUGCGAGUAGUGGAACGGGCAGGAAGAAGGAAGGAUUUGAUCCCACCCAACGACGGAGACCGUUUGAUCUCCGCCGAUGAGGAGAAGAUCACAGCUGUAGAAAAAAUGACAAACGUCGCUUUUAAGUUGGGAAAAGUCCACGCCUUGGGUGACGUGGUGGUUCUUAAUGUGAACUCGUAUGACGUACUCAUCGGACUGCCUGUUUUAAACGCCCUGCAGGCUAAUCUAGACUUUGAGCGGCGGGAGGUGGUUAUUAAGAACACCGGGGGUAAGCCGUACGCAGUCCCCAUGCGCGUCACCCUCCGCACGACUACCAACCCGCCACAUAGAUCUUACCCAGAGGUGGGCGGGCCGAUUCGUACAGUCACCUGGGACGGACGCCUAGAGGACUCGGAGACUAGCAGCGAAGAACACGUGUCCCCGCUCCCCAAGUAUUCGGAAAGCGAGGACGAGACAAACCCGGUGAUUCAAGAGUUGAUACGAAAGUGGGUUCGAUGCCCUAUGGGUAUAUGCAAUGCGCCGGCGACUUUUCAGCAGGCAAUGAAUGUCACUUUCCAUAACUUCGUAAACAAGACUAGGUUAACUCAGGGCAUGAUCAAUUUUUGCGUUAUCGUGUACAUGGAUGAUAUUCUGGUGUAUUCUGAAUCAUUCCAUGGACACGCGCAGCAUAUUGAAUGGACACUUGGCGCGCUGCGGGACGCCGGUUUCAAGAUUGCAUUGGAGAAAAGCGAAUUUUUCUUGUCCGAGAUCUCGUUCCUGGGCUACGUGGUAACCCGAGGAGGCUUGAGACCGGAUUCGAGGAAGGUCGAGGCUGUUCGAGAAGCACCCACGCCCACGUCAUUGACGCAGGUUCGAGCCUUCCUGGGACUGGUCUCGUACUACCUACGGUUUAUCAAGGGCUUUGCGGCAAUCGCUCGGCCCCUGACAAAUCUCCUGCGGAAGGAUCAACCGCUGAACUGGGACACAGAGUGUGAGCAAGCCUUUUGCAUGUUAAACGAGGCCCUGGCCUCGACCACUAUUUUAAUCUGGCCCGAUCCCGAGCGCCAGUUCCUAUUCAUUACUGACUGGCAGUCGGACGCUAUCUCCGCUAUCCUAGCUCAGAAGGGGAAAGACGGGCAGGAGCACGUGGUCGAAUAUGCUUCGAGGACGGUGCCGGACGAAAGGAAGAACGACUCAGCGCCACAAGGAGAAUGCUGCGUUGUCGUCUGGGGAAUCCAACACUUCCACCCAUAUCUCUACGGGCAGAAGUUCCUCCUCGUAACUGAUCACGAGCCAUUGCUGACCCUCAAAAAGCUGACGAACUACACUGGAAUGAUUGGGCGAUGGGUGGUGAGGCUGCAGAAGUAUGACUUCGACAUCCUCCACCGAAAAACGGAAAGGCACGGGAACGCCGACGGAUUGACACGUCUGCACCGGCCUGGCAAGGUGCCACGCAACAAAGAGAUCACUAUCCGGAGCAGCCCAAGGGACCCGGGUACGACCUAGUGAAGGUUCUCCGUUGGCAGGCGAA